GGAAUUUAAUAUAAAGAAAUAUAAUUAAUCAGUUGGAGUGGAUUAGGACGAGGGCAUGUAUAUAUAUAUAUAAUCGUGGCAGUGGGGAAGGAAGAGGUUAUUGUUAUUAGAGAUGGAGAGAAAGCCAAAACGUUCCAAGACUUUGUUAAUGUCAAACGAAGAAGAGCCACCGCUUAUAAGAAGAAGCAUGACGUUUGGUAUUCAGAUGCUUCCUGAUGAUUUAGUAUUAAAUUGUCUAGCUCGUGUCUCAAGAAUGUAUUAUCCAGUUCUCUCCUUAGUCUCCAAGAGAUUCCGCUCUUUCCUCACUUCAACGGAGCUUUUCCAAACCCGAAACCUCUUAGGCCGCACCGAGAGUUUUCUCUACGUGUGCUUACGAAUCCGUCACGUUUCAAACCCACUACGUUUGUUUACUCUCUGCCGGAGACCAAAUAGCUCGACGAAAGUUAUGGUCCCAAUUUUAUCUCCCGAUUCUAUUCCCAAGUACUUGCCAGAUGUUGUACUGGUUGGUUCUAAUAUCUAUGUCAUUGGCGGUUCAAUAAAGAACAAUGCAUCUUCUAGCGUCAUGGUCAUGGACUGUCGUUCUCACACAUGGCGUGAGGCCCAAAUCAUGCGUGCUGCACGUGUGAACCCAUCUGCUUGCGUUCUUGAUGGAAAAAUAUAUGUAGCAGGAGGCUGCCAAAAUCCAGAUGCAACUAUCUGGAUGGAGGUAUUCGAUACAAAGACUCAAACUUGGGAGUUUGUGUCGAGUCCUGGCGAGGAAAUAUGCAGGGAUCUUACUAGGUGCGAAAGCAUAGGGUAUGAUGGAAAUGUCUACGUGAAAUCUAUGCAGACAUAUGGGCUUUACGAGCUGCAUAAAGGUAGAUGGAGAAAAGGACAACCAUCGAUGAGUAGGGGUGGUAGCUUAUCAUCUCUAUGUGUGAUCGAUAACGUGCUCUAUAGUUGUUGGAGCUGUAUGAUCGAUUGGUAUGACUCUGAGGAAAAAUUGUGGAAAAGGUUGAAGGGUUUGGAGGGAUUGUUUGGCAUUACUCAUUAUGUUCCUAGUAAAUGCGUGAAUUAUGGUGGAAAAAUUGCGGUUUUCUGGCUGGAGAAGGUGCUUGCUAACCAGCUUCAUGAAGAGACAAAAAUUUGGUGUGCGGAAAUUACGAUUGAAAGACGCCAAAAAGGGGAGAUUUGGGGGACACGUGAGUGGUUUGACGUUGUGUUUACAACCAAUGAGCCAAAUGUUGACUUCGCGCAUGUUUUUGCAGCUACUCUUUGAUAGAUCGUCCUUUUAUUUUAGUUUAUUUUUAAGGGAUUGUUUCCUCGUCGAUUUUAUAUAGCGACAAAAGAACUUGGUUCUAGGGUGUGUGAUUCCAUCUUUAAUUUGAAACUCUUCUAAUUUACAUGUCUUUUUUUUUUUAUUAUUAUUUUUCACUUCCGGCAAAAACACCUCAAAUGUCCGGCUAGAUUGUUGCUCGGAGUGCUUAAUCCACGUUGGUCUUUAAUGGUGGCCUUUUACGACAAUCACAGUAAUAUAUUAUAAUAAUUUGUC